CACCUCGGAGAACGUACAUGUAUAAGUAUAGAAAGAAAACUCAUAUAUUCUAAAUUUCGAACCGGUAUAACAGUAUCUUAUCUAACAUGGGGCGGUGAUUAUUUUUACAUUUGAUUUAAUUUUAAUUUAAUUUAAUCUACCGCCAUGAUCAUUUACAGUAAAAAAUACUUUCAUAUUUGUAAGGUUUUCCAGAAAAAUCAUCUGGUUUGUUGUCGGUCCAUCGAACAAUGAUCCGAAACUGGUAGCAAAUCACUAUAUGGAAAAGUUCAACGUCUCGGAGGUAAGAAUCAAAGAGUGGAAAAUGUUUUUGUUCUUUUUCAAAACUCGAUGAAAUAUUGAUAUGUGUCGAUUCGUAUUUUGAUAAUAUGCAUGCUGUUUCCGUUGUAUUUAGGUUGUCCAUAUAACAUACAAGCAGACCGAGGUACGGAAAAUUCAGUAAUUGGCGCCCUACAGUCUGUCUUAAGACAGGAAGAACCAGGAUUUGGUCGCGAAAACGGCUUCCAACAUAUUGCAUCAAAACUUAACCAGCGCAUCGAGUCAUGGUGGUCUUUUCUCCGGAAGAGAUUUGCGCAAUGGUGGAUUAACUUUUUCAUGGAUUUGGUCAAUUCGGGAACCUACGUUUCGCAUGACGACAACUCAAUGAAAUGCCUACGAUACGUAUUUAUGCCACUGAUUCAACAAUAUCUUGAUGAAAUCGCUGAGCAAUGGAACAAUCACCAAAUAAGCUUAUCAAGAAAUGCACACUGUCCGAAUGGAAGACCCAGUGUCCUGUAUGCAAUGCCAGAGAUAUCAGGUGCAAGGGAUUGCAUCCAUCCUGUCAACGAAGAAUUGAUAACGAUGGGGUUUACAAAAACAUUACCAUCUACUUUAUCUGGUUUGAAAGAAUUUGACGACAUCGCCGCAGAAAUGACUGUUCGACUUGGUUUGAUGAAGCCAGACACUUGGCAAGAAGCCCUGAAGAAUUAUUACAUGCUGUAUGAUGCUUUGUAA